AAUUAUACAUUAUAAGUAACAAUGAAGUCUUUUGAUCAAAGUAAAUAAUAUUCUGUUUAUAAUUCAUAUUUUCUAUUUCAGAUAGGAGUGACAGAUACAGGCUGAUAGGACAAUCUCAUCAUAGCUAUAGAAUCCACUGGAGAUUACAGAGCAAUGAGAUAGAAACUGAAGGUAAAACAACAUUUUUAUAAAGAACAAGAACAUCCAUUAUGGAUGAACCUACAACAUCAAGAAUGAGUGAUGACUAUAAGGAAGAAGGCAUAGAUAGGAUGAAUAACCACGCAACAGUCAAUGAAGAUGUAAAACACCCAGACAUUAUUAUAACUGAAGAUGAUGCAGAGAAUGCUACCAAUGAUCAAGAUGCUGAAGGUGAUCUUGAAGACAAGCAAGGCAAGAGGUCUAUCAACACAGCCACCCUAGCUGAGGCUGUAGUAUGGAGCUUAGCUGCCCCAACGACCAUCCAGUGGUCAAAUAUACCAGCCCGAUUCCUAUCUAUUGGUCAAAUACUAUCAGGAGCUGUGAUUACAAUUCUUAGCCUAAAAGCAGUUCUUCAAUAUAGUACACAUGAUCUUGUGUAUUUCUACAACGGACUACCAAGCUUCCUUGUUGCUGCACUAAUGUUGAUCACAGGAGGCAUUGGACUAAUUGCUACAAAAUCAUACAUUCAAUCUCUAAAGUAUAUCAAAAUCUGGUUGGGAUUCACAUUGCUCUUGACAUUGGCAUGCUGUGUAUUGAUUGGACUGAAUGCUAAUGGAAUUGCUUACGAGAAAUCAAAGGAAGAUGUUACACCUGGUAUUUACAUAUACAAUUAUGACUGUAAUCACCCAGGGAGAAUAGUUGAUGGCGUCUACUGUAACAUCCAUCAGAUUACAAAUGUAGAUUUAACGAAAAGUUAUGCGUAUAAAAUGAUUGAUAAACAUUAUGCGGAGUAUGUAUAUCCGUACAAAUGCACAUACCCUGGAAAACUUAGUAAAGAUAGAAUAUAUUGUAAUUUCCACUAUAAUCGUAAACUUAUGGAUGAUAACAGUUGGGCGUUUCAUGUGAUCCAGACAUAUGGGAACAACAAUAACUAUGUGGUGUAUGGCUUAAUGCUUGGGAUAUCCACAGUUACAUUACUAGUGUCAUUAGCCAUUGUGGUGUUAACUAGUAAAGUCCUAUGUAUGUGUUGUAAACCAAGCACCCCACAAGUUGUAUAUGUUCCAGCAGAUAAGGAUUAUGAAUUCCCAAAUGUCAUAGAUGGACAACAAGUGAUCGUGGAAAAAGAAAAUACAUCAUGAUCUUCUCCAUUCAAUCUCAGUAUAAAUAAAAAAAGAUUUUGUGGGACCUGCCCAGACGCACACGUGCAUGCCCAGCACAAGACAAUGAUAAUAUAUGAAUAGCACUGUUUUAAAGUGCGAUAAAAAGCAUAAUACAUUUUCAACCUAUCAAAGUAACAUAAUACGUUACCAAUUGUAUUCAAACUAAUGCACAUCCUAACAUGUAUAUCAGGGGUUUUAUUACCAUCGGGCAAUUAUCUCCAGUUGUUGCUGCCAUAAUCACUUGUGAUUUUGAGGAUUUUCGAGGCCAUUUUCAUGUUAAAAUCACAAUUUCCAACUUUCGCGAUGUUUUCAUUCAAUUUGCCUAUCGUCAGAUACUCUAAAAAACUUGUUUGUACAUUUAAGAAAACUUAUCAGUUUGUUAUAGACUUUAACAGUUGGAAAUGACAAUGUGUGUACAAGUGGUAAAUACGCGCAAAAUGUCUAUACACUAAUAAGACAUUGCUAGUACAUACCUCAACAUCAGGACCAUAGACUUCCUCUGCAGUAGGGUAAUACUUCUUAUCUUCAUGAAGAACAACUGACAUCUCUGGUGCAUCAUCAACCUCAUUCUGGUCAGCCUCCAUGUCAUCAUCCUGAAACACAUCAUCAUAAUAGUUUAAAUCCCUCAGAAAUCAAUGUGAUGGAAUAACCUUAAAUAAUUAAAUAUAAACUGCCCUUCGUGAACUGUAAAGUUGAUCAUUUUUAAGAAACUGUUUUU